AUGGUCUCUCUCUCUCUCUCUGUCGCUUUCCCUCCCAAUCCCCUAUCCCUAUUUCUCUUUCAUGUUCUCCUCUCCCUAUCUAUCUAUCUCAUAGCCACCUCUCUCAUAUUCCCUUUCUAUCUCCAUCUCUCUCUCACUAAAUGUUUGCCUCCUUUCUUUUUCAACGAGAUUACUCAACUUUUUUCUCAAUCGGAACGUUAUUUUGUAACUCGUUCUUGUUUCUUUCUCUUCAGUCACAUAUGUAACCGUCUUCCUAUAAAACUCGUAUAUCUAUCUAUCUAUCUAUCUAUCUAUCUAUCUAUCUAUCUAUCUAUCUAUCAGACUGUUCAUAUCUAUCUAUGUAUCUAUCUAUCAGACUGUUCAUAUCUAUCUAUUUGUCUUUAUCUAUCAAUGGCUCGUUGUCAUUAUCUAUCUAUCUAUCUGCCUAUGCCUCGUCAUUAUUAUCUAUCUAUCUAUCUAUCUAUCUAUCUAUCUAUGACUCGUUAUUCCGUCUCUACAGAGACAAAUACACUGCCGACGCACACGGUGCUUUAUAGUUUAAAUUGUUUUUCUUCUUUCUCUCUUCACCUUCUAUACUUACUUUUGCCUUUCUUUUUCAUCUUUCCUUUAUUUGUUUUUGUUUCCUUGAGUUUUUUCUUCUUCCUCCCCCUACCUUCUAUUGUUUUUUUACCUUUCUUUUUCAUCUUUCCUUUUUUGUUUUUCUUUCCUCGGUUUUUUCUUCUUCCCCCUCCCAUCUUCCAUACUUUCUUUUACCUUUCUUUUUCAUCUUUCCUUUUUUGUUUUUCUUUCCUCGGUUUUUUCUUCUUCCCCCUCCCAUCUUCUAUACUUUCUUUUAGCUUUCUUUUUCAUCUUUCCUUUAUUUGUUUUUCUUUCCUCGAGUUUUUUUUUCUUUCUCCCCCUACCUUCUAUACUUUCCUUUACCUUUCUUUCUUUCUGACUUUCUCUUCGGUUUUUUUCUUCCCAGAAUUCUUUGCUUUUUAA